AUGGCACCGAAGCUCAUCUCGUUCUCGGUCAUCGCCAUCUUUCUGCUGGCUUGCCUAUCCCUUCUUGCGUGUGCAAGUCCAAUCCCCAUUAUUCUUCCACCCAGUGAGGGUAUCACUCUGUUCAAGGAUGUCGUUGCGCGUGAGGCUUUACCCGAAGUAGGGAUAUUGAAACGCGUGGCUGCUCCCGCGUUGGACCUCCAUGUCUUGUCGCGAGACGAAGACACAGGACAUACCACGGAACCCUCCAUACUCGUCGAUGAUCCUGACAAUGGACUGGAAGCACGCAUAUGUCGCUAUGGAUGUCUUUGA